AUGAUAAAGCAGCCGGCGGCGGCGGUGUCGGGUCUGCUGAGAAAUAUGAUGGAUAGCGCUUCAUCGCCUGCUAAGGAUUACGUUCAUUACCAACACACAGAUGCUUGCAGCCUCUCUAGAUGGACUGCCAGGGAAAGUUACCAGUUUAUGUAUUCAAGGCCGUGGCAGAAAGUGAAUGAUUUUUAUUUGGAUGUGGUGAAUGGCUGCCGAUCACUUUCUGAUUUGUUUGGGAAAGAGCCAUUUGACGAACAGCAUGGCGCUGAUGGUGUAAAACACUGUGAUAAACUUGAACUGGUGAGAGUUCCAGGUCAGGGUAGAACUGGUAGAUGGGCAAGAGUGACAUUCAGAAUAGUGCUCUCGUACCAUGGGAACUCUUUUGAUGGUUGGCAGAAACAGCCCGGUCUGAACACUGUUCAAGGAUUGAUUGAACGAUCUCUUGGGAAAUUUAUUGAUGAAAAGAAAGCACAGUUGUUAAAAGAAAAGAAAUUACCAUUAGAUGCUUGUGCUGUGGUGGCUGGGCGGACAGACAAAGGGGUGACAGCUCUUAAUCAAGUGUGUUCUUUCUAUACAUGGAGAACAGAUAUUAAAGCUCUGGACAUUGAGGAGGCUGUAAAUCAUGCAGCGCCUGGAAAGAUAAGGGCCGUUUCUGUUUCUCAGGUGUCACGUGAAUUUCAUCCUAAUUUCUCUGCAACAUGGAGACGCUAUCUCUAUAUAUUCCCGAUUAGUGAUGAGAAUGUGGAUGAUCGAAGCGGUCAAUGCAUUGAUAGUGAUGGUUGGCAAGAUGGCAAAUCUGGUGAACACCUGUGUGAGGAUAAUGGUGUAUCCGAAAUCGACGAUUUUGACCAGAGUGAACAACAAUCAGGAAACAAACCACUCAAUUUUGAAGUUAGCCGUGUUAACCAUCUAUUACAGAAACUGGAAGGAAAAUUACUUUCGUUUAGGAUGUUUGCACGUGAUACUAAGCCCGCACGAAACAUUGGUCCACCGACAGAGUGCUUUCUCUUCCAUGCACGGGCUGCUGAGGCUCGUUUACUCAAUGCUAAGGAUGGAAUCAGCACAAGGAUCAUGUGCAUUGAGUUGGUCGCUAAUCGCUUCUUACGAAAGAUGGUCCGAGUUCUUGUUGCAACAGCAAUUAGGGAAGCGGCUGCUGGUGCAGAAGAGGAUGCAUUGCUGAAGCUGAUGGACGCCACAUGUAGGCGCGCCACUGCUCCACCUGCACCUCCCGAUGGCCUUUGCCUUGUUGAUGUAGGAUACAAUGAGUUUGACAAAGGCUCCUGCUUAAUUCCUUGA